AAAAACCAACUGGUGUUGAUGAAGAAAUUCUGAAAGAAGUGGACAUAGAAAAUAAGUUGAAAAAUCUGCAGGAUAAUGAUUUAGAUUUUAACCAAAAUGAUGAGGAUGAAGAAAGUUUAAAAAAUAGAAUAUUGAUUUUAGAACUCGAGAAGAAAGAAUAUCUACAACUACACGUCAGAGAAACUCAAGAAUACAAGAAAAAAUCUGCGAACAAUCAGAAAUAAUACGUGAUUUAAACAAAGAAUUAGCCAGGAUGGACAAACAAUUAUUGUAUGCUCAACCAAUUUACAACAGAUCUCUAGAAAAUUCCACAGCAUUCUCAGUAAGAAGGUCACUAUUUCCAAAAGUUUCAGAAAGUAGCGAAUCGCAUACCUACAUGAAAGAGACUGUUGAUGCACGGUAUACAGAAUCUAGUGUAAAUUUGUAAACUAUGCAAUUAAAUAAAAGAAAAUCAACAGAAGUGAAUAGUUCACCUCCUACGAAACAACAGAAACCUGUCUCAACGAAUGAAUUUUCUAGUUAAACUCUAAGUCCUGCAUCGCAUCCAAACAGUUAUGAAAAUAGUUCUUUUAAACAUUUAGCAGAUGAAAUGGUUCAAGAAAGGCUUGUAACAUCACCUACUCCUAUAGCUUCCGGGACCUCAGAGCUCAGCAUAAUUUCAGAAAAAAGUAAAGAUUAUCGUACACUAGUAAAUCAGCACAAAAAAGCAAAAAUAAGAGAACUUGAAGCCAAUGUAAAUAAAAACUAUACAAUACAGAUUGCUGAUGAAGACAAAAAUAGUAAGAGUAAAAGUAAGAAGAAAAAGAUCAAGAAAAAUAAGAAAAGGAAAUCAUCUGGAGACAGGCACACAGGUAAAAAUAAAAAUAAAAAAGUCCACAUAAGCAAAAACAGCUACUCCAGAAAAACUGACUACGAAUACGACUCUGAUAAGUACAAUAAUGAAGAUCAGAUGCAGGAUAUGACAUCGUGGAAGAAAGAAGUGAAUGGAGAACAAGUUAGCAUGAUUCAUUUGAAACAUGGUGUAUCCAUUGAAGUUUCUCAAUGGAAGGAAAUAAAAAAAGAAAAUGACCAACUUAUUUCUUAAGGAAAUUGGUAAGAGCGAUUUGGGGCUCCUAUCACCUAGCAAAUAGAGCUCUUAAUGUAAAGAAAUGCACGUCUUCUCUUUCCAAUCGUUCUCCCAAAAAAGCAUUAACGCCUGUUAAAAAGGCUGUAUUGAGAAAGCUCUAUUUUUCUUGUAUACAAGAUAACAUAAAGGAAAGAGAAGAUCGAAUCGGUCUAAGAAAAUCCUGGAAAACAGAAUUAGGUAGCAUUAUAAACUAUUUAAUGCGAAAAUAUCGUACACAAAAAGCAGAUUCAUCGUCGAGUUCGAACUCAGAUAGCUCCAACUCAACUAGCCACUCUUCUAGUAUAUCUGGCAGCGACU